UACCACCGUGCCAUCCUCAUAACCGAAACACCCAGUAAGCACGACAAAGCAGCAACAGAGCACCUUCUUCUUCAGAAGCCAUUCAUGGAGACCCUUAAUUCCUUCAAGGGGUACGGCAAGAUGGAUCCCGCCGACGACCGCGCAUUCCGGCAGAAAACCAGGCGGCGCAUAAUCCUCAUCAUCGUCUCUGCUUUUCUCCUCCUCCUUAUCGUCACCACCGUCGCCAUCGUUCUCUCCAUCAACAAACGAAACACCUCCGACAAACCAUCUUUCCCCCGAUCUCCCAUCUCUACCUUCGCUUCCAUCAAAGCCAUCUGCAGCGUCACACUCUACCCCAAUUCCUGCUACGAUUCCCUCUCCUCCGCCUCCAUCAACUCAUCAGCCAUCGUCACCGACCCGAUGAGCCUCUUCAACCUCUCCCUCUCCGUCGCCUCCCGCGCCCUCUCUAAUAUCCCUUCCUUCCUCUCCACUCUCAAAAUUCCAUCCGCCGA